AUGGCCGACCAUCUAGCACUCCCUAGUUUCCUGACGGACAAUUCCGUCGUCGCCGCACUUCAGGAUACAUAUACUUCUUUCUCCGAGCGCAGGGCAGCCCUUGGCCUGCCCAACCCUGGGACGGUGGAAAAUGUUGGUCGUGAAGUCCAGAAGGAUGUUUUGCUGUUCAACUUCAUGUUUUCUGGCCUCCGUGCAGACCUGACGAAGAUGUUCAGCAUGGCUCCCCUGUUCCGCGUGUCGCACGCCUUUUCCAUGGGCGGCUCAGGAAACAUGGCUCCGUACGCAUUCUCCGCGAUGUACGGAACCUCCAGUGUCUUCAUGCAAGGUAACUUCGGAAGCGACGGUGGCCUCGCUGCCCUAUACAACUACCGGUGGACUCCGAAACUGGUCACCAAGACCAACGUUCAGAUAAUGCCCGGAGCGGAGCAAGGUCUAAUCCAACUCGACAAUGACUAUACUGGCGAUGACUUCUCAUUCUCCCUCAAGGCUUUCAACCCUUCGUGCUUGGAUGGCGGUCUCACCGGUAUCUUUGUUGGAAGCUACCUCCAGUCCGUGACGCCCAAGUUGGCUCUUGGAUUUGAGGCCAUCUGGCAACGACAGGGCUUGAACACUCGCCCAGAAUCUGCUGUUUCCUACUCCGCCCGGUACAAGAGCGAUGACUGGAUUGCGAGUGCUCAGCUGCAGGCCCAGGGCGUUUUCACUGCCUCCUAUUGGAAAAAGAUCUCCGAACGUGUUGAGGCUGGCGUUGACAUGAACCUCCAAUUUGCCCCUAGCGCAGCGGCUAUGAUGAUGGGCGGGCCCAGCAAGGAUGGCACAACCGCCAUCGGUGCCAAGUACGACUUCCGAGCCUCAACCUUCCGCGCCCAGGUCGACAGUGCUGGUAAGGUUAGCUGUCUCCUCGAGAAGCGGAUAGCUAUGCCUAUUGCUCUCACAUUUGCUGGUGAAAUAGACCAGGCCAAGCAAACCGCCAAGGUUGGGCUUGCUGUCUCCCUUGAGAUCGCCGGGGAGGAAGUCAUGGAGCAGACAGAAAAGGCCGACCCCUCGACGAUGGUUACCCCGCCGUUCUAA